GUACAUUUGCGGAGGGAUAACAUUAGAAGUCACUGUUGGAGCUAGAAAAGGUGUGAUGGAGCCACAGAUCCUCAUACUGACUGAGUUCAAGUAAGGUCUUGUCGGGACAGGGUACGGCGCAUACACGGAUGCGAAAGCAUGGAAUGCAGUUCAAAUAUCUAUGAUCCCCCACAAUUGCAACGUGACAGUUCUACACGUUUCAUUCAAGGUCAACAUUGGACUUCGGUCAGCUGUAACCGCAGACAUUAUCGAUGAUAUUUAUCUUCUUGUGGAACAGGAAUUGUAUGAGCAGCAUCUUUUUACCGGUCGGCGGUGAGCAAUGACAUCUUUCACCGAAGAGAUUAACCUACGCUGUCAGUAUCUGAAACAAGAUUUCGGACCAAGUUUUCAAUUCAAAGUUGUGGUAUUUAGGAGUGGGUAUGUAACUUGCUAACUAACACUGUAGCCGUGUCUUGAGCUCUCGGUGCCUGGAAGGAUAGCUAGCUCAGGCACCUUCUACGUUUCCUGCUUUCACGAAUGUUGUUAGCCAGCUUGCGACAGUACCUGGAACUGCUGCAUCCAUCUCAAAUAGCUAACUAAAGUUGGCUAGCUAGCCAGCCAAUUGUCGAACAUGGAUAUUUUGUCGGUCCUUUAGAAAACCAGUUGCUAGUGAGGAAAGUGUGUUCAUGACACGCUAACUACACGAUUUCCAGCUCACUUUCCCCCCUAAAUUCUUUAAGUUAUAAAAACGAAUUUCAACAUGUCUGUUCGCGUAGCCUUACACUCACCCAGUGGCUCCAGAAGUUUUCUGGAGCGGGGACUCCUACUUCUGGUGAUAUUGAUCUUACUGGAGGGCACCGUACUGACGCUUGGAGCUGCCAGCUCACCGGACAUCGGCGCUCAGGACAACACUGGAGGACACGACCACCGGGACGACCACAGAGGGAUAGAAGGCAGUCGCGGCAAUACUAACUACACGUACACAAAAAAGGCCUUUCCAGUCCUGUCUCUAGAUUACCAUCACAUACAGGUGCCUUUCGAGAUCUCGUUGUGGGUGUUGCUGGCCUCAUUAAUGAAAUUAGGGUUCCACCUGAUCCCCCGGCUGUCCAGCAUCGUGCCCGAGUCCUGUCUGCUCAUUGUGGUGGGCCUCCUGGUCGGCGGACUCAUCAAGCUGGUGGGCGAGGAGGUACCCCCCGUGCUGGACUCCAAGCUCUUCUUCCUGUGCCUCCUCCCCCCGAUCAUCCUGGAUGCGGGCUACUUCCUGCCCAUCCGGCCCUUCAUGGAGAACAUCGGCACCAUCCUGAUGUUCGCCGUGGUCGGCACCCUGUGGAACGCCUUUUUCGUAGGGGGUCUCCUCUACGCCGUGUGCCAGAUCGAGGGCACGUACCUGAGCCAGGUGGAGCUGCUGCCCUGCCUGCUGUUCGGGAGCAUCAUCUCGGCCGUGGACCCGGUGGCCGUGCUGGCUGUGUUUGAGGAGAUCCACAUCAACGAGCUGCUGCACAUUCUGGUGUUCGGAGAGUCGCUGCUCAAUGAUGCCGUCACUGUGGUCUUAUACCACCUGUUUGAGGAGUACUCUGGGGCAGGCGAGGUAACGCCAAUGGACGUGGUCCUCGGGGUCAUCUGCUUCCUGAUUGUGUCGCUGGGCGGCAUCGCCGUGGGCGCCAUCUACGGUAUCCUGGCGGCCUUCACCUCCCGGUUCACCUCGCACACCCGCGUCAUCGAGCCCCUCUUCGUGUUCGUUUACAGCUACAUGGCCUACCUCUCGGCUGAGAUGUUCCACCUGUCUGGAAUUAUGGCGCUGAUUGCGUGCGGCGCUGUGAUGCGACCCUACGUGGAGGCCAACAUAUCCCACAAGUCCCACACCACCGUCAAGUACUUCCUGAAGAUGUGGAGCAGCGUGAGCGAGACCCUCAUCUUCAUCUUCCUGGGCGUGGCCACGGUGGCCGGGCCGCACUCCUGGAACUGGACCUUUGUCUCCGUCACCGUCAUCCUCUGUCUGGUGUCACGUGUCAUUGGCGUGGUGGGCCUUACCUUCAUCAUCAACAAGUUCCGCAUCGUCAAGCUGACCACCAAGGACCAGUUCAUUGUGGCCUACGGUGGCCUGCGAGGGGCCAUCGCCUUCUCCCUGGGCUACCUGCUAGACAAGGACCUCUUCCCCACGAAGACCAUGUUCCUCACUGCCAUCAUCACCGAAAUCUUCUUCACCGUGUUUGUACAGGGCAUGACUAUCAAACCCCUGGUGGACCUGUUGGCCGUGAAGAAGAAGCAGGAGGCCAAGCGCUCCAUCAAUGAGGAGAUCCACACCCAGUUCCUGGACCAUCUGCUGACUGGCAUUGAGGACAUCUGUGGACACUACGGCCAUCACCACUGGAAAGACAAGCUAAACCGCUUCAACAAGAAGUACAUAAAGAAGUGCCUGAUAGCGGGCGAGCGCUACAAGGAGCCGCAGCUCAUCGCCUUCUACCACAAGAUGGAGUUCAAGCAGGCUAUCGAGCUGGUGGAGAGCGGCGGGGGCGUCAAGCUGCCCUCCGCCAUGCCCUCGCAGGUCUCCAUGCAGAACAUCCAGCCCAAGAAGCUGCCGCCCGCUGUAGCAGAGCGGGCCCUGCCUCAGUUCACCAAGGGCCGUGAGGAGGAGAUCAGGAAGAUCCUCAGGAGUAACCUGCAGAAGACCCGCCAGAGGCUGCGCUCCUACAACCGACACACUCUCAUGGCCGAUCCUUUCGAGGAUGGAUGGAAUGACUUCCUCCUGAAGAAGCAGAGGAUGAUCGAGCUAGAGAAGAAGAUGACAGAGAUGAGUAACUACCUCACAGUCCCUGCCGCACCUCCCGACUCCCCCACCAUGUGCAGAGCCAGACUGGCCUCAGACCCCAACGCCUUCUACAACAUCAAGGCCUCUUCAGACGGCGUCCCCACCAUCCAGGUGGACCUAGCCUCCCCCCAGUCCCCGGACUCUGUCAACAUGCUGAACGAGUUCUCCAAGCGGGGUGCCACGGACCAGGACCUGGGUCAGAGGGAGGGGGCCGACCGGGAUGAGGACCAAGGCCUGAUGAUGAAGCCGUCCUCGGCCGGGAAAGAGGAGAAGGGAGAGGAAGAGGGGGGCAACAAGAACCCAGGGCUGAUGAGGUGUCUGAGUGACCCGGGCCCUAGUAAUGAGGAUGAGGAGGAUGAACCAUUCCUUCCCUAAAAAAAACAACUAGCUCCUCCCAUUGUGAGGAAUAGGGAGCGGUGUGGUUGCAGCAGCUCCUCCCCCUGAGCGGGGCACUACAGGGGAAAGGUCCACCUCCUCUCACUCCACCACCACCUCAUUUGAGUUUGCUAUCCCAUUGGUUGAGGAACCAAUGAAGCCAAAACUGUUAAGAAAGGACUUAGGACAUAACUUGUUUUAUGAACCAAAAGAGAAAAGGAGACUAUAGCCAUCUAUAGCCAUCUUUUUUCAAUAGUUGUCAUUGCUCUUUUUUCAUUUUUUAAGUGAUAGGAAGGCAGUCGCCGCCUUGGGUGAUCUUGGGUUUGGUGGGAAUUAGCCCGAGAGACGGGGGAACAUAAUUAUGCGUUACCAAAGGUUUGGACUGGUGACAAAGUUCCACAUUUGUUUUCAUAACCUUUACGAUCGUUCUUCUACUUUUAAGAAAAGUCAGACACUUAGAGUAAACCCCUUUUCACUAGGUGCAUUUUUAUCACACAAUUAACCACUUAACUGCUUCUUUUGAAUUUCAGGGUUAAUAUGAGACUGUUGUUUAUGUGGUUGUCUUUUGUCAUCGUUUGUCAUUCAGCUGGUCAGGGUUUUACUUGGUGCUGUACACAGGAUGUACUCCACGCUGGAUGUAAUGUUUUCACUGUGCUAAACUCGAUGGACCUCUUUCUUCAAGGUCUCGCCUAUGGAGACCCUAAAACUAAGGAAUGUGCCAAGCGCAGACUUGGAAAUGUUGAGAUGCAAACCCUGGCAUCGCCGCUUCAAGCAUCGCCUCUCUAUUUGAAUCGAACGUACAACAUCGGCAGCGUCGCUGAGACGUGUAUGCUGUGCAGUAUAAGCUCUAUUUACAUAAAAGAAGGAUUGUGAUGCAACACCAAGAGAUGUGUUGAUCUUGAAUGGACUUAACUCCCCUAUAUAAGCCAAUCCCUAAAAUCACACCAAAUACUGUUAUCCUCCUGACACCCAGCCAAAAAAGAUUUUGGAAUGUCUUCAUUUUGUGUUUUGAGUUAAAAUAAUUUACAAAGACAAAUUUGUUUUGCGCUGUAGUGGACAUAAAGAAACGGUUGAUAGUAAAUAUUAAAAAUUUAUAUCACAGUAGGUAAACAUAGUUGUCACAUCCUGAUGUCCUCUACAAAGGACAUUUAUAAAUGUGAAAAAAGGAUUACACUGCUCUGAUAACUCACCAAAUUAUUUCUAAGUUAUUUACUAGAAGAAAUUUGAUUAUCAAACUCACAAAAAUGUUAUUACACCAAUACACACACUUAUCUUCUUACCACAACAUAUGCUAAUUGUGUUGGCAGCCAUUUUGAAAAUCCAGGAAGAGAAAGUUAUCUAGGUCACACCCCCACUCAUGUGAUAUCACUGAAAAACCCAGAAUGUCCUCUCAGGUACAACGGGACUUAAUACAGUGGCAUGUCAAAGAGAGUGUACAAAAAUGAAUUGGUGGGUCUCAGGAUGAUAUGUUCCCUUUAAGAAAAUGCUCUAGUAUGGGCCAUUUCAGAACCAUUUUGUGGUGUUUUCUCCAUAUUCUCUUGCCGGUAGUCGCAUCUUACAAUUCAUCUUACAUCUUAUGGGUUUGAUCUGUUCUUUACUCUCUUGCACCUUAUUUACAUCAACUGUUUUGACAUUUUUAAAAGACCUUGUUGCCAGUUUAACGUUCCCCAUUGGUUUUUAGCACUCCCCUUUUGAAAAUCUAGUGACAUUUUGGGUUUUAGGCAUCACUGUAAAGGAUAUGAGGUGUGAGGGGACUAUGGAUCUUUAUCGUCUAACCACCUCAAUGGCCAAGAAUAUAUAAUUCAUUUAACCUUUUAUUUAUCCAGGUGAGUCAAUUAAAAACUAAUUCUUACACUCUGA